AUGGAGCGCGACGUCCAGAAAUCAUACAUCUCAGCAGUCAAGUGCUUGCUCACGAAGCCUUCAAGAUUGCAGCCUGGCUCAAGUCGCCGGCUGUAUGAUGAUUUUGUCUUCGUACACGACAGAUCUCGCAAUUCAGUUCAUUGGGUUUCCGCCUUCUUACCAUGGCAUAGGCAUUUUAUUUAUCUUCAAGAGAAAGCCCUUAUUGAAUGUGGCUACAGCGGUAGCUUGCCUCGCUGGGACUGGACCUUGGAUUCCGAUAACUUCACCAAAGCGCCGGUAUGGUCACCUGAUCCAGAGACCGGAUUUGGGACCAACGGCGCGGAGAACACUGCUGAUCCUAAUGGGCUUGGGGGUGGAUCGGUUAUAGACGGAGCUUUCGCCAAUCUUCAAUUGCGUUACCCUGAUCAGCAUGUCCUUGAGCGAGGUUUUACUUCACCGGCAAAAUUCAAUGAGGGAGGAAAAACUUACGGAAGCCAAUAUUAUGAUGAUACGGCUAUCAAGGUUGUUCAAAGCAGUCAAGACUUCUUGAAUUUCCGAGUCGCGAUAGAGGGGACUAAUCCCUCGAGCCGUGGAGUCAGUUUACCGGGUCCUCAUGGUACAAUCCACAUGAUCAUUGGAGGGGACAUGUCCCCCAGCUCUUACGCACCUAAUGAUACGGUGCAAGGAAGGAACGUCAACAAUGCCAAAAUCACUGAUAUGUUAAGGUUCUUGAAUUUGGGUGCCGAUCUACCAGUCCAAAAGGUCAUGGACACUCGCGCUUUCCCUUAUUGUUACGAAUAUGAAUAA